AUGACAGCCGGGGAUAUUAACGUUAUUGAUUCCUCCAUCAAACUUCCCAGAGAGGACUUUCUGGUUAGUCCCCUGCUUUUACCUCGAGACGUUCACAGUUACAGACCCCAUGAGGUGCUGGAAAACGUUCCUGGACGGUCAGCGACUUUCAGAGAUGGGAGACCCUAUGGUGUCUGCAUGUUUAACGGGGUCAACGCUCCUAACAGCUCGUACCUUUACAGCCAGUUUCCAAUGCAAGGUUUUCCCUUUCCUCUUUGCAAGCUGACAGACACCAAAAACACUUUCUCAGACUUCUCAAAGGGAGGCAUCAUCCAUCACAAAAACUGCUCGCCGGCUGAUGGCAACAACCCCAUCUUGGCCGACUUCACCCGCAGCACCACCGGCGGGAGCUCAACCGCUUGCCAUGCCGGCUCAUACUCCUCGAGAGAGCUGGGAAGUGAUGAGGAAAUGAAGCGGGAGACCUUGGAGGGUGUGGUCCAUUCAAUUGGGAUGAGCUCCAGAAAGCACAGCUUCACCAGCCUGGCCCAGGAGCAGCAGAGGGAGACUGGGAAAGAGCAAAGUUCCCUGGCAGAGGAACAUUUGAGCCACCAACACUACUCCAUGGGCAUAUCCUCUAAUGGACGCAAAACCUUGAUGAGCAGCCCUCAGAGCCCCCUCAAAUCAGACUGCCAGCCUAAUUCCCCAACGGAAUCGAGCAGCAGCAAAAAUGCUGCCCUCACGCAGGCCUCGCAACCUCCAACCUCUCAAGGUACUCAAGACCCUAAAGCUCGUAACUGGAAGAAAUACAAAUUCAUUGUUCUCAAUCAGAGCUCCAAGGAGGAGGAGACCAGUCCUCGUGACCCUGGAAUGCACUCCCCGCAGAGGCCGGGCUUGUCUGCUUUUCUUCACCAUGUCGAUUCUGAACAUCCCGACUCGAAGGCGACAACAAAGAUCAGCGAGCAAGGCGAGGACUUCACUGUGCCUCAGGCCAGUCGCCUCAACAACAUCAUCAACAGCAGAACUCUAGAGGGAUCACAGAGGAACAGCGACAGCCACUCUUCGCGCUACACGAGCCAUUUAAAAUGCUCGUCCUGUGGCUCCCAGUCUCCACAGCACUCUGACGUCUGUCCCAACACAUCCGCCUCGCGUCUGGCCGAGGAAAUGUCUGAGAUGCACUCGGAGUACUCCGAUUCCAGCUGUGAAAAUGGAACAUAUUUUUGUAAUGAAUGCGACUCCAAGUUUGCAGAGGAGGAAGCCUGGAAACGCCACACGCUUCAGGUCCACAGCGACAAGCCAUACAAAUGUGACCGUUGCCAAGCAGCAUUCCGCUACAAGGGAAACCUUGCCAGUCACAAAACAGUUCACACCGGAGAGAAACCAUAUAGAUGCAAUAUCUGCGGAGCUCAGUUCAACAGACCAGCUAACCUCAAAACCCACACACGAAUUCACUCAGGAGAAAAGCCAUACAAGUGUGAGACCUGCGGCGCUAGAUUUGUGCAGGUUGCUCACCUUCGGGCUCACGUCCUGAUUCAUACCGGAGAGAAGCCAUAUCCAUGCGAGAUCUGUGGCACUCGUUUCCGCCAUUUGCAGACACUGAAAAGUCACCUGCGAAUACACACGGGAGAAAAGCCCUAUCAUUGUGAGAAAUGCAACUUGCAUUUUCGCCACAAGAGUCAGCUGCGGUUACACCUGCGGCAGAAGCACGGCGCAAUCACCAACACUAAGAUCCAAUAUCGCAUGUCCUCAACAGACCUGCCGACCGACUUGACGAAGGCAUGCUGAGCAGGCACUUAGUGGCGGACCUGACCAUGGCAUUAUAUGACCUGACUUGUA